GACGCAUGGUGGAGGAGGAAUGGGCCACUCAGCUGAGCCCCGUAGACUGGUCCACGAAGGAGCGGAGUGCGUUCCGCAGGCAAUUUCUGGCUCUGCCAGAUCAGGACGAGCCUGGCGUGGACGCUGUCCGCAAGGCCCUUGGCGUGCAGAUCGAAGACUGCGGCGGCCAUUGGGUCCUGCCUGCGCCGGGUAAGACAUUCGAGGAAUUCGGUGUGCUGCCGCGGUACGCAAUGGACAGCCUCGCCGAGCACAACAUCACGUCCCCGAUGCCGGUCCAGGAAGGGCUCAGGCGCUGCCCCUGGUGCUGUCUGGUCUCAACGUCAUCGGCCUGGCGGUGA